AUGGGGAGGCCUUCGGGCGACGGCGGACGAGGCGUCGAGCGCGACGAGUACAGCGGCGGAUCGGUGACGGAGAGGACGGCGGCGGUGGUGGUGCAUGGCGACGACGAGCGGGUGGGGCCCCGGCGAUGUGGUCCUCCAGGCGGCGUCAGGGGCAAUGGCGACGGCGUCAAGUCGCGGGGUUGUUGUCCAUUCAUGUCUGGUCUGUGGGCGCCUCUCGUCGUCCUCGCGUUGCUCGCCUCAGCGGGCGAUGGCGCGAAGGUGCACCACAAACACGGCAGGUUCACCGCGGGCCCGUGGAAGCCGGCGCACGCCACCUUCUACGGCGGACGCGAUGGGUCCGACACCCGCGCCGGCGCAUGCGGCUACAAGGACACGGUGGCGGAGGGGUACGGCCUACAGACGGCGGCCGUGAGCACCGCGAUGUUCAACGGCGGUGAGACUUGCGGGGCGUGCUACGAGGUGCGGUGCACGGACAGCCCGGAGUGGUGCAAGGCCGGCACGGCGCCUUUGACGGUGACAGCGACGAACCUGUGCCCGCCCAACUACCAGCUGCCCGGCGACGACGGCGGGUGGUGCAACCCGCCACGCGAGCACCUGGACCUCACCAUGCCGGCCUUCUUGCAGAUCGCGGAGGAGAAGGCCGGCAUUGUGCCCAUCUCGUACCGCCGUGUGCCUUGCGUGAAGCUGGGCGGGAUCCGGUACACGAUCACAGGGAACAAAUACUUCAACAUGGUGGCCGUGACGAACGUGGGCGGGGCGGGGGACGUGGCGGCGCUCAAGGUGAAGGGGAACAAGCGCGUCAAGUGGACGUUGCUGCAGCGCAACUGGGGCCAGGUGUGGCAGACCUCCGAGGACCUCACCGGCGAGUCGCUCACGUUCCGCGUCAUGACCGGCGACCACCGCAAGCACACGUCCUGGCACGUCCUCCCGCGGGACUGGCAGUUCGGCGUCACCUACCAGGCACCCAAGAACUUCUAACCGCCCUAUAAAACCGUGCUAGCCAGCCAAGUGUAAAUUCAUCGAAUCUCAUGUUUUGUGUCCCUCGGAGUAUGUAUGUCCAACUCCAACAGGACGUACGUGCGUCAAGAAACAAGAUUCCCUUUGACAACUGACAAGAAACAAAGAAUGAAUGAAAGAAACAAGA